UCUAAUAAAUAAAUACACCGCCUUGAUAUAAAGGGUACUUCAUGUUUCAUAGCAAGUGUUUUUAGGGCCUUGAUUGUAGGUAUAUACCGGUACAUAUACUUGUGGUAGUGAUAUGCCGUGUAGCAUCGGUGUAAAGUCUUCGGCAUUAUCAUGCCGAUUGCCGAAGACUCUUGCCAUACCUACCUGUCAUUUUCAUGUUUUACCGUGCUUUACCUAGGUCAAACCUAGGUCCUAGCUCCCCCCGCGGACGAUGGCGGACGCGACCGAGCCGCCCUCGGAGCGGCCAUUGCGGCUCUGGGUGCGUUCCGAGCCGUUCGUGUACGGCAUUCUGCCUGUGAUCGCCACACACAAAAUAUCAGUCAAGUACCUGCGCAAGAUCGUGCAGUAUGCGCGACACAAAGCGGCCGCGACCUUUCCGCAGAUCCAGUACAGCAUGUGGAGGCACAUCGCGUGCAACAAGUUGCAGCUGGCCGAGGACCUGGCCCGGCUGUACUUCGACACGUUCGAGCUGCUGCAGGAGCGGCCGGCCGAGCAGCGCCGCCGCUGGGACGGCGAGUACGCCCGCUGCGACGACGCCAAGGAGCGCGACCUGUUCGCCGGGCAGCGACACGUCAAUCUGCUCCAGUUUGUCGCCUACCUCUUCAUCCAGAACCUCAGUCACAGCGGCAAGAAGCAGCGGCUGGGGUCGGCGGUGACCCCGCCCGGCUCCGACACGGAGUGGCCGGCGGCGCGCGCCGAGCCGCCUGAGGCCGGUGACCGCCAGCAUAAGCAGCUCGAGGAGCACCAGCACCUCUCGUUCGUCCAGACGCACCUCGCCUCGCUGGUGGAGGUGCUGGGGGAGGGCUCGCCGCUCGGCUCGGUCGGCGGCGACACCCUGGUGUGCCGCGCCGUGGUCGAAGCGCUCUCGAUCCUCAUCGACCUGGACACCGGCCGGCCAUCCUCUCCGCCGCGGACCGGGGAGGAGCGCCCACCCGUCACCCUGGCCUCGGUGGCUGCCGAACCGAGCCGCGCCAAUCAGACCGGCUACGUGCCCACGGCCGACGCGUACCAGCAGUCCCGCCUGCUGCGCUGGAUCACCGGAUCGCUGGGAGCCAACCCCUACGGUGUGGCGGCGUGCGUGUCGUCGGGCCGUCGACUGUCGUGGCCCAGCGCCACCUCGACCGACCGGCGCGCCGACCACAAGCGCGGCAAGAUGGCCACCAACGCGCACGUGGCGCCGCCCGGCGACAAGCUGAUCGUCACGUCGGCCAUCCACAAGGAGACGGUGGCGCGCCUGUCGCCCACGCUGUGCGGCGCCACGCUGAAGCUGCACCGGUGCCACCAGGCGUUCCUCUACUUCCUCAGCCCGCUGCGCAACGUCUCCAUCGACAAGUGUCACGACACGACGGUGGCGCUGGGCCCUGUGUCGGGCACGGUGCAGCUGACCGGCUGCCGCGCCGUCCGGCUGGUGGCCAUCUGCCGCCGGCUGGUGGUCAGUGACAGCGUCGGCUGCACGCUGCACGUCACCACGCCCACGCGACCGCUGCUGGCCGGAAACCGUAACGACUCGCUGACGCUGGCGCCGUACCACACCCACUACCCGGCGCUCGAGGAACAGAUGCUGCAGGCCGGCCUCGGCGUGGUGCCCAACUUCUGGGACCAGCCGCUGUGUCUGGCGCUGGACGGCUCAGUGGGCGCGCCGCCCUGCUGGCGCCUGCUCGAGCCGGCCGCCUUCUAUCCGUUCCACACACCGUUCCCGAUGGCGGGCGCCACGCGCCGCAGCCCGGGCAGUCUGCCGUACCGCUACCAGCGCGUGCUGCAGGAGCGCCGCGCCAAGACCGAACAGUGGAACAAAAUGAUGGCAGAGACCGGCCUCAACAAGGAGCAGAUCGCCAAGUUCCAGGAGCUGCUGCGUCGCCGGUUCGAGGUCUGGCUGAAGGAGACGGGCAAACAGCGCGAAAUCAACAGUCUGGCGGCCUGCAGGGAGCGCACGGCCAGGUACGAAAAGUACAAACAGCUGGCGGCGGCGGCGGCCAGCGGCGCGGGCGGCGGGGAGGGCGAGGCCCAGGACGUGGGACGCUGACCGGUCAGUGGCGGGGGUGAGACUGGGAGGUCAGUGUCGGGACCUGUUCCGGAGGCUUGCGGCAACUGAGGAGACAGCAUGAACAGGAGUGGGUGUGCCCGAAUGACAUAUGCCCGCAUGGACCAGAGACGUUUCUGAAAGCAAUCGGAGACGUGUGCGAAGGAAUCAGCGGCCCAUACCUAAGACACGAGAAUACAUGCCUAAUGCUUAACAAGAUCCCUCACAAGUCACAAUGAGACUAUGUGAUUGAAUUUCCAGCGUCCAAUGUGCGUCGAACUCCACAGCCAAUGUUUGUCAAAUAUCGUGUGUGAGUGAUAAUAUUGUUGUUUCAUUCAGUGUUACGUGAGAAGCGGUUGCAUUUUCUGAAAUAUAUUUUGAAAGCAAA